ACUCAUUUGUUCCAGGAUCUUGUCCAACAACCAGUUACAGAAUUUAACGCAAGGAGUGUUCGCUGGCAUCAAGGUUUCCCUCCGAGGGAUGUUGACACUGGACUUGUCUCACAACCAAUUAAAGGAUCUAUCUCCAGGAGUUUUUGGUGGAAUUUACUGGUCCUUUUUUUCAACUUUGACGCUGGACUUAUCCCAUAAUCAGUUGCAGGACUUACCCUCAGAAAUUUUCAUAGGGCUUUCGAGGCUCAUCGGACUGGACUUAUCCCAUAAUCAGUUACAGGACUUACCCCCAAAAGUUUUCAGCUACCUUUUUUAUCUCGACAGAGUGUAA